AUGAACUGGUCCAGUGCUCGGAGGUACUGCAGGGAGAACUUCAUAGACCUGGCCACUGUGAGGAACGACACUGAGAACAAGGAGGCUAACAAGGUGGUGCCGAGUGAAAGGUGGCUAUGGAUUGGCCUGUACAGAGAUCCUGACAUUAACUGGUCUGAUGGUAGUGACUACUCGUUCACCAGAUGGAAUGGCUCAGCUUCAGAAUCACUGAUGAAAAUGAUGUGUGGUGUGCAGGAAUCAAACCAAUGGACAUUUAUGUCCUGUGAAAAGAGAUUUUCAUUUGUCUGCUACAGCAUCCCUGUAAAGAGGCGGGUAGUUAACCUGAGGAUGAAGGUGCAGGACUCCUCCGUGGAUCUCAAUGACCCUGCUGUGAAAGCAGACAUCCUGAAAAAGUUGCAGGACAGACUGAAGGAGCAAGGAGUGAGUGGAGUCGCCCUGAAGUGGAGAGAACAGCCUGAUGGGAAAGUCUUCCACAAGGAGGGAAAAGAAGAGAAGAAGAAAAAACGAAAGAAGACUGAGCUCUGA